AUGCCUUUUAUCGAUGACGGCUUCGAGGCCCUCCUGGAACCAUUCUAUAACGGCAAGAAAUUAACGGACCCCAUCUCCACCGUCGAUGACAAGAACCAGCUGCUCCCUGCGUUCCUAAAGGUCAAAGGUUUGGUGAAGCAGCAUAUCGACUCUUACAACUUCUUCGUGGACCACGAAAUCAAGGAGAUCGUCAAAGCUAAUCGCACCGUGAGAAGCGAUGUCGACAGCAGCUUCUGGAUCGAGUUCAUGGACAUUCGGGUCGCGGCCCCGGAUCGCUCCGACUUCACCGAAUAUAGGGUUGAGAAUGAGAUCACUCCUAUGGAAUGUCGCCUGCGGGAUAUGACAUACUCCGCCAAGAUCCUCGUCGAUGUUGCUUACACUCGCGAGCGGCAGAAAAUCAUCCGUCGCGAUGUCGAGCUAGCUCGCAUGCCUGUUAUGCUGCGGAGCAAUAAGUGCCGGUUAUACGGCGCGAACAAUGCUCAGAUGGAGCUCAUGAACGAAUGUCCGCUUGAUCCCGGGGGAUACUUUAUCAUCAACGGGACAGAAAAGGUCAUUCUUGUCCAGGAGCAGCUGAGUAAAAACCGAGUUAUCGUCGAGGCGGAUGAGAAAAAUAGCAUCAUUACGGCAUCUGUGACCAGUUCCACCCACGAGAGGAAGUCAAAGACCUACGUCACUUUGAAAAAGGACCGCAUCACCCUACAACACAACGUUCUGGUUGAAGCUAUACCCAUCGUCAUUAUUCUUAAGGCUCUCGGUGGUCUUUCCGAUUUCGAGAUCAUACAGUUAGUCACUGGUUCUGAUGGGAGAUUCCAGGACGAUUUCGUGGUCAACUUUGAGGAGGCAACCAAGGUCGGCGUAUUCACCCAGCAGCAGGCCCUGGAGUUCAUCGGUGCGAGGGUGAAGAUGGGUGGUAGGGGGAAACCGUUUGGGGGCCAGCAACAAGCUCGGCGUGGCAACAUCGAAGAAGGAGUCGAUGCACUAGCUAACAUCAUUAUCGCGCAUAUACCGAUCGAAGGCCUAGACUUUUACCCGAAGGCCAUUUACAUAGCUCUCAUGGUCCGUCGGGUGCUCAUGGCCCAUUACAACCCAAAGCUCGUUGACGACAGGGACUUUGUGGGCAACAAGAGACUGGAGUUGGCUGGGCAGCUCCUGGCUUUGCUUUUCGAGGAUCUUUUCAAAAAGUUCCUCAACGAAUUGAGGAUCACAGUCGAACACGCUCUGAAGAAACAGCACCGAGCCGUUGCGGUAGACCCUUUAGUACAAGUCGGCGCACAGGGAAAGCAUAUCACUGAAGGCAUGAAUCGUGCCAUCCAAACUGGUAAUUGGAGCGUGAAGCGAUUCAAAAUGGACAGAGCUGGCGUGACGCACGUAUUAAGCCGCCUCAGCUACAUCAGCGCUCUCGGCAUGAUGACUCGCAUAAGCAGCCAGUUCGAGAAGACGAGGAAAGUUAGCGGGCCUCGUGCUCUACAGCCAUCGCAGUGGGGUAUGCUCUGCCCUUCGGAUACGCCUGAGGGUGAGGCCUGCGGCUUAAUCAAGAAUCUGGCCCUUAUGACACACAUUACUACCAACGUUGAUGAGGACCCAGUCAGGAGAUGGGCGUUUACUUUGGACUCCGGGGUCGAACCUCUGCGAUGCUUUUCAGGGGCCGAGAUACACAGGAAGGGCACCUACAUUGUCUAUAUCAACGGGACCCCUUUUGCCUUGACUCGGUUUCCAAAACGUUUUGCCGCCAAGUUCCGCACCAUGAGACGCCGAGGGUGGAUCUCUCCGUUCGUCAGCAUCAACGUUAACACUCACCUCUCAGCCGUGCAUAUCGCAACAGAUGAAGGCCGGAUUUGUCGGCCGUAUAUCAUUGUGAAGAACGGCGAGCCCAAAAUAAAGGAGGGCCAUCUGAGAUUGCUACAGGCGGGUAGAGCAACAUUUGACGACUUCUUGAAGCAAGGCAUUGUCGAAUAUCUCGAUGUCAACGAGGAAAAUGAUACGUUGGUGGCCCUCUACGAAAAGGAUAUCACCAAAGCGACCACGCAUCUCGAAAUUGAGCCAUUUACGAUACUCGGGGCUGUGGCCGGACUGAUUCCGUUUCCGCAUCACAACCAGUCUCCAAGAAACACAUAUCAAUGCGCUAUGGGCAAGCAGGCAAUCGGAGCCAUUGCGUACAAUCAGUUCAACCGGAUCGACACUCUUCUUUACACUCUUGUCUACCCCCAACGGCCCAUGGUUAUCACCAAGACCAUCGAACUAAUCCACUACGAUAAGCUACCCGCAGGGCAGAAUGCAACCGUCGUUGUUAUGUCGUACUCGGGCUACGAUAUCGAAGACGCCCUCGUACUGAACAAAGCCUCUUGUGAUCGUGGAUUCGGGCGGUGUCAGGUCUUUCGCAAGUAUACUGCAGAGCUACAGAAGUAUGCGAACGGUAGUCGCGAGAGGAUUGGGGACAAGGACCCAUCACAGGCCAAGAACAGCGCACUCUCUAAUGAUGGCUUAGCUGAUGUAGGAUAUUUGGUUAGGAAUGGCGAUGUUCUCAUCAAAAAGGAAAGCCCAGUGGACGUGAACCCGGUGGCCGGGCUGGGAAGACGGAAUGAAGAGUAUCGCGAGACGCCGCUAUCGUAUCGACUAGCCGACCCGGCUUAUAUCGACAAGGUCAUGAUCACGCAGACUGAGAAAGAGACGCAGCUCAUCAAAGUUCAAACCAGACAGACGAGGAGGCCCGAAUUAGGCGACAAGUUUUCCUCUCGGCACGGCCAAAAGGGCGUCGUCGGGAUCAUCGUGGAUCAGGAAGAUAUGCCAUUCUCGGAUUCGGGUCUCGUGCCUGAUAUUAUCAUGAACCCCCACGGCUUCCCGUCUCGCAUGACAGUCGGCAAGCUACUUGAAUGCUUGACUGGUAAAGCUGCGGUUGUCCAAGGACGGAAAGAUUACGGAUACGGGGACGCGUUUAGGUCUCACCCACUUGAAGAAAUGAGCAGGGAAUUGGUGAAUGCGGGGUUCUCCUGGGAAGGCAAGGACUACUUUACGUCGGGCAUAACUGGCGAGCCGCUUCAAGCCUACAUCUUCAACGGUCCGAUCUACUACCAGCGACUAAAACACAUGGUACAGGACAAGAUGCAUUCUCGUUCGCGCGGCCCCCGUGCCAUCCUUACCCGUCAACCUACGGAAGGACGAUCCCGGGACGGCGGCCUGCGUCUCGGAGAAAUGGAGCGCGAUUGCUUAAUCGCAUACGGCGCUUCACAGCUUCUUCUCGAGCGGUUGAUGAUAAGCUCGGACGCAGUCGAUAUCGAUAUCUGCGAGAGGUGUGGUCUGUUCGGCUACAAGGGUUACUGUGGUACGUGCCGGAGCAGCAGGGAGGUGGCCAGGAUGACGAUGCCGUACGCUGCGAAGCUUCUUAUCCAAGAACUGAUCAGCAUGAACGUCAGCGUGCGCCUGCAGUUGGAGGACGAGUUUCCCCAUCCACGAUGA